ACAGAACACAUAGUUUAUAUUUAGACAGCCAGAGGGACCGGGAUAACGUAUCCGACUGUGGACAGGACUGUCCCGAUUGUAACCCGCAGUAUAAACAAUCUCCCCGUGGGAAACUUCAAACCAGACCAAAGACGAGAGCCAAAGGGAGAGUAAUUCAACUUCUGGAUGAAAUUUGUCUCCCCUCCCCUCUCUCCCAGAUCUAGUCGAAUCCAGUCUAGGUGAAGCGGACUUCUUGGUGCGAGAUAAUCGGCAUAUGGUGUGAGUUAAUAAGGCGGAGAUGUGGGGAGACAAACCCAGACGCGCUCCGCUCCAUCGAAGACUGGCGCGCGACAAGUGAGCGAGAGGAGGAAGACGGGGGAGAAGACAGAAUAAAGGAAGUAACCACAGGGAGAGGUGGAAAGUAGGCUUAACCGGAGAAGGAAGGAGAUAAAGCAGAAACUGUUUCCAGGUUCUCGCCAUGGACGCGGGGCAGAGCGCACAGGUCGCCGACAUGGGAGGAGAGCACUCCACCGGGGCGUGCGUGGUCGAGCGGGACAGGGACCGGGAGCGGGGCGAGGUGUCCAGCCCCAGCCCACCGGCCAAGCAGCGUUCUCUGCGUGUGGUGUACGUCCUGAACGACGGGCUGAAGUCAGUCAUGGCCAGCAGCCCGGAGUCCGGAGCGCUGCAGUGUCUUCAAAGAGCCUGCGACUCGGAGAGCGCGCUGCUCACCACGGUCACCUUUGGAAGGCUGGACUUCGGAGAAACGUCAGUGCUGGACAGUUUCUACGAUGCGGAUAUUGCAGUCGUCGACAUGAGUGAUGUGUUUCGCCAGCCCUCCUUGUUUUACCAUCUGGGCGUGAGGGAAAGCUUUGACAUGGCCAACAACGUCAUCCUGUACCACGACACUGACCCUGACACUGCACAGUCUCUGAAGGACAUGGUGGCACAGAAAAACACAAAGGCCACUCGUUUAGCGGCAUUAGGGUUUCCGUGGUUUCAGUUGCCUCCAGAGUACAGAGGCUCUGGAUUGCGCAAUAAAGCAUCCAGUGGUAACUACUACUUCAUCCCUUACAUAGUGACUCCUAACCAUGAGUAUAUGUGCUGUGAGAGUGACGCCCAGCGCAGGGCCAGCGAGUACAUGCAGCCCAGCUGGGACAACCUGCUGGGGCCGCUCUGCGUCCCCCUGACUGACCGCUUCACCAGCCUACUGAAGGACAUCCAUGUCACGUCCUGUGCCUCUUUUAAGGACACUCUGCUAAAUGACAUCAGGAAGGCCAGAGAGAAAUAUCAGGGAGAGGAGCUGGCCAAGGAGCUUUCCCGCAUCAAACUCCGAAUCGACAACACAGAGGUCCUCACCCAGGACAUCGUCAUGAACUUGCUGUUUUCUUACAGAGACAUACAGGACUACGAUGCGAUGGUGAAACUGGUGCAGACUCUGGAGAUGCUACCGACUUGUGAUCUGGCCACGCAGCCCAUGAUCCAGUUCCACUACGCCUUCGCUCUCAACAGGAGAAACAGUCCUGGUGACAGGGAGCAGGCUCUCAGAGUGAUGCUGCAGGUGUUGCAGUCCUGUGAACAUCCAGCGCCAGACAUGUUCUGCCUGUGUGGGCGAAUAUACAAGGACAUCUUUCUGGACUCAGACUGCAAAGACACCAAGAACAGGGACAAUGCUAUACAGUGGUACAGAAAAGGUUUUGAGCUGCAGCCAACUCUUUACUCUGGUAUCAACCUGGCUGUCCUCCUCAUUGUUGCUGGCCAACAGUUUGAAAGCUCCAUUGAACUGAGGAAAAUAGGUGUUCGGUUGAACAGUCUGCUAGGACGCAAAGGUUCCCUGGAGAAAAUGAAUAACUACUGGGAUGUGGGCCAGUUCUUCACCGUUAGCAUGUUAGCUAAUGACAUCCCCAAAGCUACUCAGGCUGCUGAGAAGCUUUUCAAACUCAAGCCACCUCUCUGGUAUUUGCGCUCUGUGGUACAGAAUCUGCAACUGAUCCAGAGGUUUAAGAAGCAGACGGUGGAACACUCACCCCAGAGAGAGAGACUCAACUUCUGGAUGGACAUCAUCGUAGAGGCCACGCAGCGAACCACCAAUCGACUGCGAUUUCCAGUGUUGAUUCUGGAACCCACAAAGGUUUACCAACCCUCCUACGUGUCAAUUAACAACGAGGCUGAAGAGAAGAACGUUUCUAUCUGGCACGUUUCUCCUGUCGAAACAAAAGGAAUCCAUGAGUGGAACUUCACUGCAAUGUCCAUUAAAGGCAUUAGUAUCAGUAAGUUUGAUGAGCGCUGCUGCUUCCUCUACGUCCAUGAUAAUUCAGACGACUUCCAGAUCUACUUUUCCACUGAGGAACAGUGCGGUCGGUUCUGCUCCAUGGUGAAAGAGAUGAUAUCUGACGGUACGGGGAAUGCAGUGGAGCUGGAGGGUGAGGGAGAUGGCGAUACACUGGAGUAUGAGUAUGACACCAAUGAGACAGGGGACAGGGUGGUGUUGGGGCGGGGCACCUAUGGAGUGGUGUAUGCUGGGAGAGACCUCAGCAACCAGGUUCGAAUUGCCAUCAAAGAGAUCCCUGAGAGAGACAGCAGGUACUCCCAGCCCCUUCAUGAAGAGAUUGCUCUUCACAAGUACCUUAAGCACAGGAACAUUGUUCAAUACUUGGGCUCCGUUUCUGAGGACGGAUACAUCAAGAUCUUCAUGGAACAAGUGCCUGGAGGAAGCCUGUCUGCAUUGCUGCGAUCCAAAUGGGGCCCGCUGAAGGAGGCGACUAUAAUCUUCUACACUAGACAGAUCCUGGAGGGACUCCGAUAUCUGCACGAAAAUCAGAUUGUCCAUCGAGAUAUCAAGGGUGAUAAUGUGUUGGUGAAUACCUACAGUGGUGUCUUGAAGAUCUCGGACUUUGGGACCUCUAAGCGGUUAGCAGGAGUCAACCCCUGUACAGAGACAUUCACCGGUACUCUGCAGUACAUGGCUCCAGAAAUUAUUGACAAGGGCCCUCGAGGGUACGGGGCCCCGGCUGACAUUUGGUCACUGGGAUGCACCAUUAUAGAAAUGGCCACCGGGAAACCCCCAUUUCAUGAGCUGGGAGAACCACAGGCAGCUAUGUUUAAGGUGGGCAUGUUUAAGAUCCACCCAGAGAUCCCAGAGUCCUUGUCACCUGAGGCCAAGUCGUUUAUAUUGCGCUGCUUUGAGCCGGACCCUCACAAGAGAGCCAUCGCUUCAGACCUCCUCAGAGACACUUUUGUCAGACACAACACCAAGGGCAAGAAGAGCAAGAUCGCCUUCAAGCCACCAGACUACAUCCACAACGUUGCUCUGCCGGUGCAGUUGCAGUGUGAGGCCACUGGGAGCAGCAGCAGUGAACACGGAUCUGUGAGCCCAGACUGUGACUCCAAACAUGAUGUUUUCUUCCAGAAGAAGAAAAGCUCAGGCUCUGAGAACCUGCUCAAACCCCCCAAUUCUAACUAUUUGAGUGUUCCAGAUGAGGGUUCGGUUUCGGAGGACCGCAGUGCCCCCCCCUCCCCUGAGGACAGGGACAGCGGUCUGUUCCUGCUGAAGAAGGACAGUGAGAGACGGGCCAUUCUGUUUAAGGUCCUCAAUGAAGACCAGGAAAAGGUCAUCUCCAACCUCAAGGAGAACCACAUCCAGGGCAGCGAAGAGCUCCAGCUGUCCGUUGAACACAUUAAACAGAUCAUCUGCAUCCUUCGAGACUUCAUCCAUUCCCCAGAAAGGCGUGUUAUGGCGGCCACCAUCUCCAAGCUCAAGCUGGACCUGGAUUUUGACUCCACCUCCAUCAACCAGAUACAGCUGGUGCUCUUUGGCUUCCAAGACUCGGUAAACAAAGUCCUCAGGAACCAUCACAUUAAACCCCAUUGGAUGUUUGCUAUGGAUAACAUCAUUCGUCGAGCUGUGCAGGCUGCCAUCACCAUCCUCAUACCAGAGCUGCAGACCCACUUCGGCCCAGCAUCAGAGUGUGAGGGAGCAGAGAAGGAAGACGAAGUGGAUGAAGAGGAAGCAGAGUUCGGUCCUGUUUUACCGCAGCACGCUGACGAAUCCGGGACGACGGCUGACCCCACCCACUCUGUGGUCACCGCACUAAACUCUGCCCACUCCCAGGAGCACCAGCGUUCGCAUCAUCAACUGAAUGCACAGCUGGGGCGGCUCAAACAGGAGACCAACAGGCUUCUGGAGGAACUGCUGCAAAAGGAGAAGGAGUACCAGCAGGUCCUGAAGACAACACUCCAGCAGAGAGCACAUGACCUGGAGCUGGUCAAAGUCAGGCACAGGCCGCCAGACAUCACACCUCCCUCCAUCUUCCACAUCCCAGCAGACCAUGAACCGGACAAGCAGCUCACUGAUUGGCUGAAAGAGCAGGGGGCAGACGCUGACACUAUAGAUAAGUUUGUGCUGGAGGAAUACACACUGACUGACAUUCUGAAUGACGUUACCAAAGACGACCUCCGCUAUCUCCGUCUACGGGGUGGAGUCCUGUGCCGCAUUUGGCGGGCCAUCCAGCGGCACCGAGAGCGGCUGAGGGGCAGUGAACUUUCAGAAGCUGAUGCAUGAUGGAACACAACUAUGGAGGACUUUAGGUUUGCGGAAACACGCACACAUGUGCACACUACCAGAGCUGCAUGGUCAUUUCUUCUUUCAUUCUCUUCACAGUGCCUUUUCAUGUUUGUAGUCUCUGCGUUUGUGCCAGACUCACUGCAUCUCCAUACAGUGUCACACUUGACCAGACCAAAGUGCUUUAGUGCAGGCACUAAUUUAUGCCUCUGUAUGUGCAUUGCAGUGUCCAUAAAACUUGUUCAGUUCUGUUCAGUGUUGUCCAUUCAGAUUCUCAGUAUAUUUUACACAGCCAUAAUUUUGUCAAAAUAUGGUUGCUUUGCUUCAGUGUUACUACUCCUUGAAUUUGAACAUCCAUGUAUCACCAGUCAUACAUAAUGUACACAAAUAUUAUUCAGUCAAAAUAUGCAAAACCACAUGUACGGUCUACAAGACCUCGUGACUGAUCAGUCAGUCUGCAUUUCUGGGGCUGUAAUUAUUUCCUGACUGUACAGUGAUGAUCUUCCAUGUACAACUAGAGAUCUGUUAUAUGUCUUUUUGAAUACAAACUUAAGCUAAAAGCCUAAUAAUGCCUUAAAUUCAUAAAUAACAUGAGCACACUGUAGCCACAUUAAGAUAAUUUAUUGAAACAUGCACGCAAAUCAUGACUGCCACCACAUCACUGCCUUUACAUUUGUACGCAAUUUAUUUGUUAGUUGUGUAAGAUUUCCUUUAAACUCUGAGGUAGCUUCUCGCUUCUGUGUGUACCUGUGAUUAAAUGUUGUUGUUUUUUAUAGUUCCAACUAUUAUGUGUUGCUUGUAUGUUUCCUGAUCGCUUUACAACUGCAAUAAACCUUGAAAUAAUGAAACUA